CCCCCCCCCCAUUUAAUUAUCUAAGACGUAAUAUUGUUUCAGGUUAGAUUUAUUUAAAGCAGAAAUGAACAUGCACAUAAUUAAAAAUGUCAGGGGUGAAUUCAUUGGGGGGAGGGGGAGUCACAAGAAAUGUGGAACACCCUGUACACCCAAUGCCAUCGAUGAGUGAACGCGCUUCUUAGAUUUUGAGCAGUGGAGUUGUCAGAGCUGAGAGGGGAGGAGACACAAACUCGACGCUGGGGGCGGUGUUUGUGAGCCGUCUGCCCAUCAGACAUGUUGCGUUGCAUCCCAUCGUGACGACGACAGCUCACCACGACGGCUCACCACGACGACUCACCACGACGACGACUCACCACGACGACAGCUCACCACGACGACUCACCACGACGGCUCACCACGACGACUCACCACGACGACAGCUCACCACGACCCGGGAGUUUCGGCGUGGCGAGGCGGCUCCGUGCAGAGGGUUUACCUCCAGACUCUGGCAGCAACCGCUGCGGGUCCCACGCGCUGGAGACGACCGUCGGCGAGGUUCUCCGAUGCUGCGUGGGCUCGAGUUUGGUGGCGGAGGGGCGGCGGCCAUGCCGUACCUCGUCGCGGGCGGCCUGGGUCUGCUGCUGCUGUACCGCCUCCUGCGCCGGUUGCAGCGCCGCAUGCGCAGCCUCCACGGCAAGGUGGUGGUGGUCACGGGCGCCAGCUCGGGGCUCGGACUGGCAUGUGCACGUGCGUUCCAUGCGGAGGGAGCGAGGCUCGUGCUGUGCGGACGCGACCUGCGGAGACUCGAGUCUCUACGCGAUGAGCUCUCGGAGAGAGGCCCAGAGGACCGCACCCCACGCGUAGUGCCCUUUGACCUGGGCUCGCCUGGCGAGGUGGCGAGGGCGGCGGAGCGAGUGGUGGAGGCGUAUGGCCGCGUCGAUGUGCUUGUGAGCGGCGCGGGGAUCAGCUACCGCGGGGAGGCAGCGCUCACCGCCAUGGACGUGCACCGCCAGCUCAUGGAGGUCAACUACUUUGGCGCCAUCGCCCUCCUCACGGCCCUCCUGCCGUCGAUGCUGAAGCAAGGAGAGGGGCACAUCGUGGCCAUUAGCAGCGUGCAGGGUCGCAUCGCCAUUCCCUUCCGUUCUGCAUAUGCCGCCUCCAAGCACGCCACGCAGGCGUACUUCGACAGCCUGCGCGCCGAGGUGGCCGACUCGGGGCUGAAGGUGACGGUCAUGAGCCCCGGCUACAUCCGCACCAACCUCUCGCUCAACGCGCUCACGGCCGACGGGACGCCAUACCACGCGAUGGACGCGAACACGGCGGGCGGGCGCUCCCCGGACAGCGUGGCGCGGGACGUGGUGGGGGCGGUGCUCGAUGGCCGUGCCGAGGUGGUGUCGGCCGGGCUGGCGCCGACGGCCGCCGUCUACCUGCGCACCCUGCUCCCGUCGCUCUACUUCAUCCUUAUGGCGCGGCGCGCACGCUCCGAUAGGAAAAAGGCCGAGCAGGCGUGACGGCGCCGCUGCUCUCCUCUCCCCCCACCCGCACAAUACACGGAAAGUUGGAGAUGCUGACAAAGCAGAAUGAGAUGGAGUUGGAACAUGCAUCUUUGUCCCGUAUGUUGAACUUCUUUUGCACCGUACGCUGCCAAACAGUAAAUCGGAGGUGCGAUGCAAUACGGACAAAUGGAAGUGACCGAGAGACAAUGAGGACAGAGACAUGGAGACGUAGAAGGGGAAAGGCGCAGAGAGACAGAAGCGUAAUGUGCACAUUGUGCAUAGGGGUCGGUGAAGAAAACUGAAGAUAACUGGUUUUUGUGUUUAGUUUGUUGUCCUUCCCCCACACCUCCGAUUAGCACGGUUGGCUACGUACGGUGCAAAAGAAGUUCAACAUACAAGAGGGGCUGAUAAAUAUGGACUCACAAGCUGCCCACACGUCCCUGUUGUGCUUUUAUUUUUGAUGCCUGUUUUGUGAUUUCCCAGUGGGUUUAUUUUCAUAAAAACAAAUGCAAUGCCAAGGUUAUGCACAACUGGACAAGUACGCAAGGAAAGGUUAGAGUGAACUCCAUGGCAUGUAUCCUCAAUGCCAGGAAGGUUGGCCGUUGUUCCAGAUGCAGCCGUGUUCCUCACCCCGGUCAAAUCAAUGUCAAUCGUAAAACGAACAUUUUAAUAUGCUCACAAAACGUAUGCAGUAACAGUAUCGCAAACUUAAAAAAAAUGUACAAUUAAAUUCAAUUUGGUGCUGCAGAUUUUUAUUUUGCCAAAGUUUAAAACACAUAAGCUCUUUUAAAUGUAUUUGAAAUGUCGCUUGGGGUGUCUGUAAAAGACACGUUGACUUGAAAUGAAGUAGCAUAAUAUUAUGUUUCCAGACAAUUAAAAGUCCAUGGAACUGAUUACAAAAAUUGCAUUAAAUGCAGUAACGCAGAAAAUAAAAUCGUUUGCUAUUUUCA